AUGGGUGACGUUCUGAGAGAAGAACAGGAGAAACCUGGGAGCAAGUGGGGUGAAUUGAUACGAAAGAACAUUCUUGAGGGUGUGAUUGGGCCUCCUGAAAUGGCUGUGUCAUUGCUAGAGGCUGCUAUGACCGUGAAGCAUAAAAAUGAGGGUGUUUCCGUAUUCCUACUUGAUGGAUUCCCACGUCGCAUCGAGCACGUUAAACUCUUCGAAUCUACGUUCGGUCCACCAUCUACUGUGCUGUUUUUGGACUGUCCUGAGGAGGUCAUGCAAAACCGCAUUUUGAAGCGAGCCAAGACGUCUGCCCGUGUGGAUGAUAAUAUUGCGAUCAUCCAGAAGCGGUUCAAGACUUUCACAGAGACGACUAUGCCUGUCAUUGAGCACUUUAGGUCGCAAAAUAGGGUAGUGCAGAUUGAUGCGUCGAAGGACACGGAUGCUGUUCACAGAGACAUACAGAGCAUGAUGGAGGAAAACUUCGGUGAUGUCUUGGGAAUGACCCAGUAA